UAAUAUUUUUUAAAUGGUUUAAUAUAAUACAAGAUUGUGUGAUCAAUUAUUUAUCUAAUAAUGGAAAAAUAUGAAGUUUUAGGACAAGUAGGUGAAGGUUCGUUUGGACAAGUGUACAAAGCGAAAAAACGUUCGGAUGGUGAAAUAGUGGCUUUUAAGGUUAUUAGAAAACGUGGUAGAUCGUCAAAAGAACUUAAAAGUCUACGUCAAGAAUGUGAGAUUCAACGUCAUUUACAUCAUCCUAAUAUAGUGCAAAUGUUAGAUUCUUUUGAAACUGAAAAUGAAAUUGUCGUGGUAACAGAGUAUGCUGACAAAGAAUUAUAUCAAAUUUUGGGUAAAGCCGGUCACCUAUCGGAAGAAAGAGCUCAAGUCAUAGCUUGCGAUUUGGUUUCUGCGUUAUAUUAUUUACAUUCCAAUAGAGUUUUACAUAGGGACCUUAAACCUCAAAAUGUACUUUUAGAAGCUAAUGGAGUGGCCAAAUUAUGCGAUUUUGGUUUUGCACGUAGUAUGAGCACUGGCACACAUGUCCUUACUUCUAUUAAAGGUACUCCUUUGUAUAUGGCUCCAGAACUCAUACAAGAACGUCCCUACGAUCACAAUGUAGAUUUAUGGUCAUUAGGUUGUAUAGUUUAUGAAUUAGUCGUCGGUUGGCCACCAUUUCAAACAACCUCUAUUUUACAUUUGGUUAGACUUAUACGCUUUGAAGCAGUCAAGUGGCCAGAUUUUAUUUCACCGAAUUGUAAAAACUUUUUACAAGGGUUAUUGCAAAAGGAUCCAUCUCAACGUUUGACGUGGCCUGCACUUUUAGAACAUCCAUUCGUCAAAGAUAGAAUCAUCAUAGUUGGUGGAACAGCGCCUACACCAUUUACAACACCAUUGUCAGCUAGUCAAGCUAGAGCAAAGCAACAGCAGUUACAAAACUUAUCAAUGAGGUCGACUAAUCAAUCGAAAGUUCUUGAGAAAGCUGUAGAGAAAGUACAGUAUCAAGAAAGAAAACUUCGAGAGCAAAGACUGAGGACGUGCAUUUCGCAACCACGUUAUCCGAUGUUUCACCCGCAUUGUCAGUAUGGUACAAAUGUUUGUCAGAUUCUUCGUCAUAGUGAACCUAGUGGCACGGAUUCGAGUGCUAGCAUCGAUGUACUUUUGGGAAAUCUUAGUUUGCGAGCAUCAUUGAGAAGUGAUUUACUUGCUGCAGAUCAAGCAUUGUGUCAAAGUGAUUGUCCUAACACAAACAGCAACAACCAACAAGUUUUUCCAAUUGUAAAUAUUAAUUCUAAGUCUGUAUGUAAAAAAUCAAACGAUGAAGAUCAGAAGAAAACGUGUGAACCUGAAGGAUUAAAUAAAAAUGCUCAAGGUGAUGGAAUUAGUGUUGGUCAACAAACGGAAAAAUCAUCUGAAAUAGAUCAAAUUUCGGGUAACGGUGACUGCAAGCAGACUUCUUUGAGUAAAGAUUACGAAUUAGAAUUUGGAAAAGAGAAUUUGAUUGAUAAACACGUAAGGUUACCUGAUUGGAAUCCAAGAGCUGUAGAAAGACCGAUUGAAAAUGAAGAAUGGGUUGCAUUUUUACAAAGAUCUAUGGAAGAAGUAAUGGAAGGUGAAGUUGGUUCGUUAUUGCAACAAAAUUGUGUUUCAGUUUUUGUUUCUCCUUUAAGAAAUCAAGGAGCUGGUUAUCGAGUUGUGGAAUAUGUUGCUUGUCUAUUAUCCUUACCUUUUGUUAUAUCAGUAUCACGAGAAAAUCUUGAAAGUAUAGAACGUGUUUAUUUGGAUGUUCGAGUGGUACCAAAUCUGGUUUAUGCUAUAAAAUUGCUUAUGUCAGAACGAUCUGAUAGUGAAUCCAAUACAACAGGUUCUGGGGGUACCAGAUCAGCAUCCACAUUAUCAGCUGAUGAAUUACAAGCUUUAGAAUGUACGAUGCUUUUAUUGUGUAGAUUGGUUUACGUUCAAGAACAAUUUCUAACACAAUUUUGCGAUGCCAUAUACAUUGUUAACGGAAUGCCAUUAUUACAACAAUUAUUAGCUUUGGAAAAAAGAAAGGCACGCGUUGUAGCAGAUUUAGUAGCCAUAUUGAACAACAUUUUACGUUCUCAACCAGAGAAUGCUGAAUUGGUUGAAAAGGUUGUUCUGUACUCGAAAACUCAUGGGGGUACGGUCGAACAAUUUAGCAAACUUCUUGGGCAUCGUCAAGGCGUAUUGAGAGCUAGAACGUGUACUCUUGUUAGACUUUUAGGAAGAUUUUGUUGCAGAGCAUUACAACAAGUUUGGGGUAAAUCAUUGAAAAAUCUUAUAGAAAAUUUAUUACUCGACGAAGAAGAAAACGUUAGACACUCUGCCGAAGAGGCGAUCGGAGAACUUAAACAAUUAACGUAUUAUAAUCAACUAAGUCCUGCUGGUUGAAUAUACCGAUAUUUAUCGAUAUAUUUAUUUUGGUAUAUAUUUAUAUAUAUAUAUAUAUCAAUUAAUCCAUGAAAAUUAAUCGUUAUAAAAAAGGGUCCAAACG